CCGUUUGGCGGCAACGUUAGCGGUAUGAUAGGAAAAUUGACGAAUAUGUGAAGAAUGUGUGAGGAGUGUGUGGUGUGUGGUGUGUGAAAUAUAAGGGGCUGAAUCCGAAGCUUGAGAGGUCAAUCGUGAACCGAGCGAAUCAGUGUGAAGACGUUGAAUAAAGAUUUUUGUUAAAAGUAGUAAACUCUGAUCGUUUUCCCAUCCAGUGGAAGGGAUACCUUGAAAUCCCCUUUCCCAUAAAAGUAUUAUUCAAAUAUUAAUUUCAAAAGAAAAAUGUCGAAGACAAUGAGUACUCAUGCUAGUGGUAGUAAAGACGAUGAUGUGCCACCUGAAAUGCUUGCAGCAGCAAAAGAAAUCGCCUUCAAUUCGUUGCCCAAUAUUUCCAAACGAAAAUAUACAAUAGUAUAUAAUGAAUUCAAAAAGUGGCGUAGUACAAAAAAUACAAAUUCGUUCGCCGAAGCUGUGUUAUUAGUAUACUUCAACGAAAUAGGUUCUAAGUUUGCUGCAUCGACACUGUGGUCAAAGUAUUCCAUGCUGAAAGCGACAAUCAAAGCGUAUGAUGGCAUUGAUAUAAGUAAAUAUCCACAAUUAAUAGGAUUUUUAAAGAAAAAGAAUUCGGGAUAUAAGCCAAAAAAAUCAAAAGUAUUAACAACAGCUGACGUGUCGAAGUUUCUCGAAGAAGCACCCGAUGCAGAAUAUCUUGGCAUGAAGGCAUUACUGGUUAUAGGACUUUCUGGUGCAUGCAGAAGAGAGGAAUUAACAAAUUUAUGUACAGAAGACGUACAAGACCAUGGUACAUUUUUAUCCAUAACACUACAAAAAACAAAAACUAAAAUUACUAGAACAUUUACGCCACUUGGCAUUAACAAGAUUGGUAGUGUACCUCAGGAAAUAGCCAAAUAUCUUAAACUAGAAAAUCCUGAGCUGUAUACAGGACAUACAUUUAGGAGAUCAUCCGCCACGAUACUUGUUGACGCGGGAGGAGAUAUUACGGAUUUGAAAAGACACGUCCCGGAGGGUUACAGAAAAUGUACUACUUUCCGAUUAAAAAUAUCUGUAUUUGUAGACUCAAAGAAUUCGACUACUCUCCGUGGUUCUCAUAGGAAUCUGACUUUCGGGGGUGUUCGGUUUAGGGUAAGCGCGGAAAAAUCUGGUGGGGAAAAACAUAGGGAGAGGAAAAAUGGCAAGAAAGAACAAGGAAGGUUGGAAUGGUUAACAGAUGUUGAGGAUAAGGUGCAGAGGAAAACUUAA